AUGACGCGCUUCCGCCCGUGCAUCGACCUCCAUGCGGGACAGGUCAAGCAGAUCGUCGGCGGCACCCUCGACUCGACCUCGGCCGCCCUCCAGACCAACUUUGUUGCCACCCAGCCACCGGCUCACUUUGCUCAGCUCUACCGCGACAACCGCCUGACAGGGGCCCAUGUCAUUAUGCUGGGCAGCGGGCCCGACAACCAGGCAGCCGCACGCGCGGCCGUUGGUGCGUGGCCGGGCGGGCUGCAGGUGGGCGGCGGCAUCAAGGACACGAAUGCAAAGGCAUGGAUCGAUGCCGGCGCCGACAAGGUGAUUGUCACGUCGUACCUUUUUGAGAAGGAGGACGCGACAGGGGUCGAUGGCGGAGACAAGUACAAGUUCAGCCAGGCGCGCCUUGACGCGGUGCUGGCAGCGCUCGGCGGCGACAAGGAGCGCCUCGUGAUUGACCUGAGCUGUCGGCGAAUCGCCCCAUCAGAGUCGUCGGCAUCGUCCUCUGCAUCGUCCCCUGCAGCCCCCGUCUGGGCUGUCGCCAUCAACAAGUGGCAGACCAUGACGGACAUGUACCUGUCGGCCGAGACCAUUGCCCAGCUCGCGCCCUACUGCAGUGAGUUCCUGGUGCAUGCCGCCGACGUCGAGGGCCUUCAACGGGGCAUUGAUGCCGAGCUGGUCGAGCAGCUGGCUUCAUGGUGCGGUGCCGCGGGCACGCCAGUAACCUACGCCGGCGGCGCACGGCAUGUGGACGACCUGGCGCUGGUGGAAAAUCUGAGCGGCGGACGCGUAGAUCUGACCAUUGGCAGCGCACUGGACUGCUUUGGUGGCUCGGGCGCGAAGCUCGACGACUGCAUUGCAUGGAACUUGAAAAAAGACAGAGAACUUGCUUCAAAUCCGACAGGGGCGACACAGGCUGCACCAUGA